AGUGCACUAGGACGCUAAGUUGUAAAAGUGCGCUGUGCAAGUUGUAAAUAUUGUCCGCGAUUUUGUACGAUCAAAGAGGAAAUACUGUUGUAAAACUAAAAUGAACUAUUUUUUUAUCUCGUUGAUUGUGGUGAACACUGUAUAUGUUAAGUUGUAUAAUACUGACUCUUUAAGUACUUGAACUAAUAAUUACUUAUGAUUUAUAUUAGAUUGUUUUCGAUGUAUUUUCUUCAAAACCUACAGACAUCUCCAUCGAUCCAUCAAAUUAUACAUUUCCAAUUAAUAGCGCUAAAAUCAUUAUAUUAUAAAAUAGAAAAGAGAACACACGCGCAUUACCCACUUUUGCGCAAGAAAUACACAUGAACGUUACAUAAACCCGCCCACCUUGGUAUUUACAUAAUUCAAAAUCUGGCGCCAAACGCGAUGUCGCUGCGGUUGCUCAUGAAAACUACCACCGCCGCUAUAUAUACUUGUACGUCUACCGUAUCAUAACUGUAGCGCUGACGCUGAACAGUUUUAGUGCGAAAUUGCGUCAUUCUCGAGCUAGUAUAGCCAGAGAGCAUCCCGCAGCGUUAUCGUACACACAUGGUAACGCUCGUUUCGUAAAAAAAAGUAUCAAACAUCCACGACACAGCUUCAACUUAUUGCGAAAUCGUCGAUCAGCGGCCUAUAAAAGAGAUGGCUCCCAGAAAUAAAGAGAAUAACGGUAACAAGAGGAAGAAGCAAAUGUCUGAGGAGGACGACGACGAAGAUUACAGGAAGCGCAGAGAUAGGAAUAAUCAGGCCGUCAAAAAGUCCAGAGUAAAGAGCAAGAUGCGUACGCAACAAACUUUGGAGCGUGUCAACCAGCUGAAAAUGGAGAACGAACUCUUGGAAGAGAAGAUUAAAAUGCUCAACAAAGAGCUGGGUUUCCUCAAAGACCUAUUUCUAGCUCAUGCCGGUUCAAAUCAACAUUCCUCAAACUUGCAAGAUGUUGAUCUGAAUGCACUUCUUGCCGACGAUAGCAAGUCAGAAGAUCCAUUAAAAUCUUAACCGCUGCAGAGGACUGACAUUCCAUGUGCCAGGAAUGUAGGACAAUCUAAUUUCAAUGAAAAGAAUAUGUACACUGUUCGUUUACUCAGACGUUGAGUUGGACAUCUUGGAAAGAUGCCCAGUCAGUGUACCGCCACCGCUUCGGAGUGGCAGUGAAAAGUGAAUUCUUUCAGUCUCUCCUGAGGAAAUCAACGUCAUUGAAAAUAUGAUUAUUGGGAAAAGAGAAUCGUCGUUGGCUUAUCGAGAAGUCAAAAGCUGCAGUCGCGAAAUAGUUGAACUAUUUCCAAAUCAAGACAAGCAAUCAAGAUCGAUGGAUUGAUGAUAUGCACGCGCGUGCAAACAUGUGUCAUCUAAGGACAUGUCCAAAGAGAUGUGAAGCAUCGAGUUUAUGAGUGUAUUUAUAAAUCUAGCAUUUUGCUUAAGUCAAAUGUCACUUGUAUAUUUUUUAUUGAUAUUCAUCAGAUUUACGCAUAGUCCCGGCUAAUGUCAUUAUUGAUAAUAAUGAGCUCUCUAUUAUGUCAACUGUUGAGCAUCCAGAGCUUCUGAACAUAGUUUAGAUACUUAGAUACAGUUAGUUGCAAAGUGUCACAGAAUUAGAUAUUUUACCGUUUAUUAAAAGCUUAGUGAAACACCCAGAA